CGAAACUCUGGGGUAGAGCGGCACGCGGCGUUUCCCUUUCCCUCCUCCUGGAGGUCCGUGCGCCGUGGGCUUGCUCCGCGGAGUUAGACUGCGUGGACACAGAGAUCUGAGACUCCUUGGUAAAAUGACUCAAGCAGAAAUUAAACUGUGUUCUUUGUUGCUGCAAGAGCAUUUUGGAGAGAUCGUAGAAAAAAUUGGAGUCCAUCUAAUCAGAACUGGCAGCCAGCCAUUAAGAGUAAUUGCCCACGACACAGGAACGUCGCUGGAUCAGGUCAAAAAAGCCCUUUGUGUGCUCAUCCAGCAUAACCUGGUAGUAUAUCAGGUGCACAAACGUGGCGUUGUGGAGUAUGAAGCCCAAUGCAGCCGAGUGUUGCGAAUGCUUAGGUAUCCCCGGUACAUCUACACUGCCAAAACACUGUACAGUGACACCGGGGAGCUGAUUGUCGAGGAGCUGCUGUUGAAUGGCAAAAUGACGAUGUCAGCUGUUGUGAAGAAAGUGGCAGACCGGCUUACAGAGACUAUGGAGGAUGGGAAGACCAUGGACUACUCUGAGGUAUCGAACACCUUUGUGCGACUAGCAGACACCCACUUCGUGCAGCGUUGCCCCUGGGUGCCUGUUACUGAGAAUUCAGACCCUGGGCCACCACCACCUGCUCCCAUUCUUGUCAUCAGUGAAAAGGACAUGUACUUGGUUCCUAAACUGAGCUUGAUAGGAAAAGGAAAAAGGAGAAGAUCAUCUGAUGAGGACGCCGCUGGAGAGCCCAAGGCCAAACGACCAAAACACGGCGCAGAUCACAAAGAGCCCAUUCCAGACGAUGGGAUUUACUGGCAGGCCAACCUUGACAGAUUCCACCAGCACUUCCGCGACCAAGCCAUUGUCAGCGCAGUUGCCAACAGGAUGGACCAGACCAGCAGCGAGAUCGUGCGGACUAUGCUCCGGAUGAGUGAGAUUACCACUCCCUCUACCGCUCCCUUCACCCAGCCGUUGUCCUCCAACGAGAUCUUUAGAUCCCUACCUGUUGGCUAUAACAUCUCUAAACAAGUUCUCGAUCAGUAUCUCACUCUACUGGCAGACGACCCACUAGAGUUUGUUGGAAAGUCUGGCGACAGUGGUGGAGGAAUGUAUGUCAUCAACCUGCAUAAAGCUCUAGGAUCCCUAGCCACAGCCACUCUGGAGUCUGUUGUACAGGAGAGAUUUGGGUCUCGCUGUGCCAGAAUAUUCCGUCUAGUUUUGCAAAAGAAACACCUGGAGCAGAAACAGGUAGAAGACUUUGCAAUGAUUCCAGCAAAGGAGGCGAAGGAUAUGCUUUAUAAGAUGCUCUCAGAAAAUUUCAUAUCACUCCAGGAAAUUCCCAAAACGCCAGACCAUGCCCCAUCCAGGACCUUCUAUUUAUAUGCCGUGAACAUCCUGUCAGCUGCGCGAAUGUUGCUGCACAGGUGCUACAAGAGCAUUGCCAACUUAAUAGAAAGGAGACAGUUUGAAACCAAAGAGAACAAGCGUCUGCUAGAAAAGUCUCAGAGGGUGGAAGCCAUCAUUGCAUCUAUGCAGGCGACAGGCGCCGAGGACGCACAGCUACAGGAAAUAGAGGAGAUGAUCACAGCCCCCGAGCGGCAGCAGCUAGAAGCCCUGAAGCGUAAUGUGAACAAGUUGGAUGCCAGUGAGAUCCAAGUGGAUGAAACCAUCUUCCUGCUGGAGUCCUACAUCGACAGCACCAUGAAGAGACAAUGACCCGGAAGAAGAGCCUUCCUCAGCACGUCUGAGGAGAUUGUAAGGAAGAAUAAAGGCAGUGCCUGAUGCUUUCUUUACAGUGG